AUGAAUUCGCCAUCAAGUUAUGCAGGAAGUCUUUCUUCUCAUCCACCAAAAAGCAACAAUGUUGAUGCAAACGCCGCUUUACGGGAUAUCAAAAAGAUGCUAGAGGAGAUCGUGGCAAAGGUCGACGUACUAACAGCAUCUCAAUAUCAACAUUCAACUGAGCCGACAGAUCCACGCCUCAUCAGAAGUCAAUCGCCUGAGCUGACCGAGCCAGAGGAAGAAAGCUUGUUUGUUCCCGACCUAUCGGAGGGACGCAUAAUCGAGGAGGAAACUGUGGUCGAGGAGGAAGCUGUGGUCGAGCAAGGUGACAAUAUAGAGACAGGAAGCUCCGUCGCAGGACAGCCUUCUCCUGAAACAGUGACACCGGGAACAACUGAUGACGAAUAUCGUCAGACCACAAAGCCAAAAGUCAAGAAAAGAUCCAGAAGAGAGCACAGUAGCGCUAGUCCAACCAAGAUCCGCAGGGCAGAGCACAUACAGCAACACCAUAUGCCAUCCCAUGCGUUCGUCGACGACGGUGCUGCAAAGCGACGAACACAAACAUCACCAGAGGCUUCCAAGAAGAGAAGAGCUAGCGAGCAGCGUAUAACAAAGCCAGGAACAGCAGUCAAGGCUGGGCAGACGGUAGAGAGGCGCACCCCGGCGAAGAAAGAAGAAAGGAAGCGCCAGAUGUCGGUGGGCAGUUCCUCAACACGCGAGAUUGUCAUAACAAGUCGAGCUCCACGGUCGAACAGUCUUGGUUUCAGGUGUUCCGCGAAUUGCAAAGGCUCGAUGUGUGAUUGUAGCUGGCCCAAGGUGGUUCAACGUAUGUCUUAG